AUAUAUAACUCCCCUCCAAAACAGAAAGAGAGGAAAAACAAGAGAAGAUGAUGCUUGUCCAAUCAAGAACUAUCUGAAAACUUGUCCGGGGAUAGGUUUUUUUUUCCGGAUACUGUGUGCGUCUCAUACCGUUUUGAACUAUUUUGUGGCCCCGGGUGGUGCUGGUGGAGCGCGCAACGGGAGGCGCAUUGUUUCUAUGCAAACUGGGCGACAUGGCUAUUGUAUGUGUUUGGGCAUAUAUGGAGACACUGAUGGCUCAGAAGACACAGCCCGUCUGAAGUUUCAAGGAGAGUACCCCUCGGCUGUGUUUCGCCAGUUUCUCUCCUUCGGCUUCCCUCUUCUCCUUAUCCGUUUCGCUCCGUCGCAAUGAGUUGCCUGGAUGUGAUGUACCACCAAAGCUAUGGAGCGCACUACCUCCCAGCAGCGGCGUACAAGGCAACUUACUAUAACCACCAUCACCAACAACAACAGAGGAAGCUGAGUGUUUACAGUAAGAUGCAGGAGUGUAUGGACCAGCAACAAGGAGGAGGAAGAGGGAUACUGCCCAGAGAAGAGGUCCUCCAGCAGGGUCCUUCAGCACCAGGUGCUGAAUCAGGCAGCAGAUCUUCAUCUGAUUCCGAGUUAAAGGAUGGUACUCAGCCAGCAGAGACGGAGUACUUGAGUUCCCGGUGUGUAUUGUUUACCUACUUCCAAGGAAACAUCGGUGAUGUGGUAGAUGAGCACUUCUCUCGUGCUCUCAGUCAGUCCAGCACCUUCAGUGGCGAUACCAAGCCCAUUAGAGUGACUCAGCCUUCGGUUUCAACCACCGCUGGCCUAUGGAAAGAUGGUGGCUCUCUCACUGAAGGUCAGGGAAGCUCAGCUUGGAACAACACUUAUCCAUCCCAGAGCAGCUCCUGUAUCCCCGCUGUUUCUGUUUCAGUCCAUCCAGGCUUUUCCUCCAGCCCUGUUUCAUUCAACCACCAGGAUGGAGCUCUGUGGGCCGGCCACAUGCUUUCCCAGGCCAACCUCUCACCUGCAGCUACCCUUCCUGAUAGCUGGACCUACAGCCUGAACCCCCAGAGCACAAGUGGUUACCCAAAUGUUCAUGACGUCUACCAUUCCCACCCCCACAUCCACACUCGGCACCAUCACCCCAUGCUUCAUACAUACCCAGCUCACAGCCCAGCAUUGGAUCCCAGAUUCAAUUCACUCCUGCUGCCUGGUGUUAGGAGCCAAAGUCAGACAUCCACCAACACAGGGGGUUCCCCACACAGUGAGGGGGUGAAGGCAGAGAUCGAGCCCAGCAGCAACAACAAUGUCACGGCUACCUCUGUCACUUGGACUCCUUCUGGUCUCCAAGGAUCUUUAGAGGCAUAUGACACAGCUCUUGAUCAAACCAAAGCAAAGACAUCAGUUUGGUUCUAACUGAUGGACUGGCAAAAAGCUCAACUCAUGCCAAAAAGGACUUACUAUGUGGCUUAUCAAUGUAUGGCUGCAACACCAGCACUGUAAUUCAAAAUGUAGCUAUAGAAUGCUAACUGUAGCUUAAUCUACGAGUCCUGCACUGUCCACACAAUUACUGAUAUGAACUCAGGCUUGGACUUAAAUGACAGUGAUCAGUAUGCUUUGGCUGCACGUCAAGGCCCUCGAAGAACAAUAAAAAAAAGACUACUAGCUUUAAGAAUGGAAGGUCUCUUCUCUGUCAGCACAAAACACCAAUUUACUUUCCAUGUGAUGCGUGACUAAGUGGUUCUGUUUCAAGAGCUUGAUUUUGACCCCCAUUUUGUUUUGUACAGUAAAAUGUUUGAUGAUGACUAUAAAUUGCUUAUGUGUCUGUGUUCAUUUAAGCCAUGCUAUAUUGUCAUUUGCUGGAUGACCUCUGCUAAAACUGUUGUUUGGAAGCUGCCUUUCAAUUUUGCCUUUUGGGGAAUGUGUAGUGUAAAUAUUGAUACUGUAUGUUUAAGGAAUAAAUUCAACAACUGAAAAGCAAAA